AUGAUCUUUAAUUCUAAAUAUCCAGAUAUAAAAGUUCCUGAAGUCGGAAUUUAUCAAUAUGUAACUAGUAAUCCAAACAAAAUUCCAGAUGAUAAGACUAUUUAUGUGGACGGGAUUACUGGCAAAAGUUACACUUUUGGCGAAUUUAAACAUGAAUCAAAAAAGUUUGCUGCUGGAUUACAGGAUAAAUUGGGAUUUAAACGUGGGGAUGUUUUGGCGAUAUUUUCGUCUAAUCAGAUUGACUAUCCUAUUAUUCUCUUUGGAACGAUUGCAGCUGGAGGCAAAGUAACGAUGGCUAAUCCAAAAUAUAAAACAAUAGAGGAAUUAAUUUAUCAUUUAACUGAUCCAGGCGCAUCGUUUCUAAUCGUGGAUCCAGAAUUUUUUGAAGCCGCUAUUGAAGCUUCAAUCAAUGCAAAUAUUCCCGCAUCUAAGAUACUGUUAUUUGGUGAUAAAGAAAUAAAAGGAUAUAAACCCUAUCGUUCUAUUUUAACUUGUGAUCGUGAAAUCGAGCCAAUUAAUUAUACUCCUGAAGAAGCGAAAUCAACGACUGCUUAUAUAGUUUACAGUUCUGGAACAACUGGAAAGCCAAAAGGUGUCGAACGUACUCACACAAACGUAGUUGCUGGUUUAAUUCAAUUAAUUACUUUAGAUAGUAAACUUGGACCACAUAGUACAACUAUGGGUAUCACACAAUUUUGUCACGGUUAUGCGCUUGAUCAUAUUCUUCAUGCAACCUUAAUUUAUGGUGCUACUACAAUCAUUCAUUCAAACUUCAAUUUGGAAACGAUUUGUGAAUCAAUUCAAAAAUAUAAAAUCAACCAUAUUUGUGCUGCUCCGUCAUUUAUACAUGAACUUGUCAAUGAUCCAUUGGCUCAAAAUUUUGAUUUAUCAAGUGUGGAUAGGAUUAUAAGCACGGCAGUUCGGUUAGAUGAUAAUUUAGAAAGAAAAUUUCAUGAAAUGUUUAAAAUACAGAUUAUUGAAGCUUAUGGUUCUACUGAAAUAGGUUGUGUAUUACGCCCUCCUGGUACAAUAAAGAAUGCAGCUCCUGGUAUUAUAUCAUUAAAUGAUGUACCUCCCGUGUAUAUUUCAUGGUUACUAAAGCAAUUAUUUUUAUUAGGUUCUAUUGGGAUUCUUUCGCCAAAUAUGAAAGCCAAAAUAUUAUCAGAAGAUGAAUUGGGAUACAAUGAACCUGGAGAAUUGUGGGUUCACGGUCUAAAUAUUAUGAAGGGUUAUUUCAAUCAUAAAGAAGCUACCGAUGCUGUUAUUGACAAAGACGGAUUUUUUAGCACAGGAGAUAUUGUAUCUAUUGAUGAAAAAGGGAACUACUUUAUUUUUAAUCGAAAAGCAGAUCUAAUAAAUUACAAAGUGAUACCUUUUGAAUUGGAACUUAUUCUACUCACGCAUGAUGCCGUAACAGAUGCAGUAGUGUUAGGAUAUUAUUCUGAAAAAGAAGCAACCGAAAUUCCUAUAGCAUAUGUCGUAAUUAAAAACUUGUAUGAGGAGUCUCAAUCUUUAGCAAGAGAAAUUCAAUCUUUUGUAGAUGAAAAGGUUGCACCACAUAAAAAAUUAAGAGGUGGCAUAUUGUUUAUUGAUAAAAUUCCAAAAAGUGAGACUGGUAAAAUUCUAAAAUUAGAUUUGAAGGAGAAAUUAAAGAAUGAUAAAAGAAUUAAAAUGAAUUAG